UGUGCCAGAACAGGGAAUUGAACUCAGCUCUCCUGAGUCCCCUCCAUCCAUCCCUCAUCAGUUCAGUUUCUUAAGAUGAAAAGUUUAUUGCAGAUGGUCUGGAGUGGAUGCAGGAGAAGGGUCACUUACAGCCUUUGGAUGCCUUUUUCAUUAAGAAAAGAGCUUAUGCCCAUUACGUUAAGCAUUGAGCUUGAGAACAUGUGUGGGAACUUUGCUGUCCUAGUGGAUUUUCAUAUUAUGCCUCAAGGCUCCAGUAGAGACUCCAGCUGGUUUUCAGAUCAUGAGAAGGAGGAACUGUGCUUGCUGCUAAAAGACACUAUUAAUUCAAGAGUCAAGCGCUACUUAGAAGCUCGUAAACACCGUGGCCAGUGGAAACACACGGAAUGCACACAAUCCAGUCCCUUGUCCCUAAAAGGUGGAAAUUUUCACAUUACAGCCUACUUCAUAAAGAGAUGGGUCAAUCUCCGUUGUGUGGUGGGGAAGCAGUAUCGCGAGCUGCGUGUAUUUCCAGACAAAUUUGUGGUUUGUGUCACUAGACUUGAAUCUAAUCCCAGUCUUUGGACAAGCGAAAACGGAGCACUGAAAGAAAAGCUUUCUAGUGGGACCUCUGAAUAUUUUGCUGAAUCUACUGAAAACGAAAAGUGUAAAAUUCCUCCAACUCGACAGAUAAAGCAAGACAUCUUGCAAAAGCUUGUGAAAAGGACAGAAACAAGGAACAGUAACGUGAGCAAACCUCAAACCAGCAAGGACACAAUGCAAGUGUAUCUUGGCUUAGGGGACUCGGAGACAGGGAGCAGGAAGAAGGAACAUCAAGCUCCUUCCGAUCCUCAGUCUGAAGUAAAAUGUAGGAGUAUAGGACAACCAAAGGAUUGCAUAAAUACAGCUGAGAGCAACUCGGAGCUUCCUGCCUUAGAACUGGAAAAUCAUGUUAAUCAGAGACAGCCAGAUGAUGCUAGCAGCCAGCAAAAACUUCACUCUGCAGAGUGGUUAAAGAUGAGACUUCUAAGCAGUAACCCUCCAUGUAGCUGUGAGUCAGCACUGCCAGAUCCAAAAGAAAGUCAAAGAGUGACUAAAACACAGAAUCAACAAAAGAGUUGUGGUUCAGGGGAAGAGUUAGACCAUUGCAAGAAAGUAUCUUCUGAACAGGGUCACUUAAUCCCCAGAGACGUAGAAAGGAAAAAGAGCAACUCUGAUUGUUUAGAACCAUCUUCGGAGGAGAAGUCCCUACUGAAUUCCAAGUUAUUUUCUAAGCAAGACUUGGCAAAAGCCAUGUCUGAUGAAGAGUCACUUACUUUAGGAAAAGUUCCCCCAAGACCUGUUUUCAUAAAAAAUAAUAUACCAGUAAUACAGACAAACCAAAAUGAGCCAGCCACAACCACUGAAGAAUUAUCCCUAAUGCCGCUAUCCUCUUAUUUAAAAUUUAACUUCAAGCCUUCGGAGAAACUUAUCCAAAAAAGAAAGAAAGAGGGAGAAGAUGGGCCCAGAAAGUUAAAACUACGGAGACUUAAGAAGUAA